AUUUCUAUUUUCUGUCCAACCAAAGAAUUUUAGGGUAAUCUCCCACAACACAAACUCAAUCCGACUGGUAAAAAUUGCUGAAACGAUUUCUUAGUCUUGGUUUUUGUGCAGGUUCUGCGGAUCGAAGAAAGCGUUGCAGAUUUCGAUUUAGGGUUUUUGAUUUUGGGGGUUAAAUGGCUGGUUCUAGGGUUGCUCAUGCCACUUUGAAGGGACCAAGUGUGGUGAAGGAAAUACUCAUCGGAAUUGCGCUCGGCUUUGCUGCAGGUAGUGUUUGGAAGAUGCACCACUGGAACGAACAGCGAAAAGUUAGGUCAUUUUACGACAUGUUAGACAAAGGUGAAAUCACUGUCGUUGCUGCAGAAGAAUAAAAAAAAAAAGACAAUUCUGAUUUAAAUGAUUUGCAUUUUCACAGCAAUUUUGAUUUCUUGAAUCGGACACGAUAUUUUGCCUAGUUUGAUUCUUUUCAUGCAAAUAAGAUGUAUUAGAUUUUAUCGAACUAUAUGAUCAUCACUUUGUGGGUGAUUUUCUUGUUUAUUUAGUGCUUAGUUGAUGUUAUUUUGGCACCAUUAACAAAGCACUUACUUCCAGCUAAUCCAUUUUGUGGAUU